CCGCAUCAUCAGGAAAACAAACAAUAUUUAGAAAUCGCCGACACGACACGCCCCUGGAAUUUAACACUAUGUCUAUCCUCCGUAAAUUCCGCCCUCUCAAACACCACACUCCAAUCCACUCGACUGCAAAUCCCCUUCUUCAAUUUUAAAACAAAACCCAUUCUAUAGUAACCAAAUAUUCCCACUCUCCAUGUCUUCCAAAUCCAUCAACAUCUUCUUUCUCUUCCUUUUCCUCUUAUCUCUAAUCAAAUUAGCAUCUUCUGAUCGAAUCCCAGACUGCUCCAACCGUUGGAUCUACAUUCGACGCUUACCAUCGCGUUUCAAUUUUGAUCUCCUCUCAAACUGCUCUGCUUACCCUCUCUUUGAUGAUUUCUGUUCUUAUUUACCCAAUCACGGCCUCGGACCCAAAACCCAUAACCGUUCUCUCAGCUGGUACCGCACUGACCCAAUCUUACUGGAACAAUUCUUUCAUCGGAGAAUUCUUGAAUACCCUUGUUUAACUCAAGAUCCCACUCUCGCUAACGCUAUUUUCCUCCCUUAUUACACCGCCCUUGACGCCUUGAAGUACUUGUACGGUCCCGAAGUUAACUCCAGCAACCAACACGGUCUUGAAUUAUACAGUUUCUUACGCCAAGAUUCCCCUCAUAUAUGGGAUCGCCACGCCGGCCACGAUCAUUUUUUGGUUAUAUCAAGACCCGCCUGGGAUUUUUCACAAGCUAUUCCUAAUGAUCCUCCCAUUUGGGGAACUUCUUUUCUUGAACUCCCUGAGUUUCAUAAUGUAACGGCUUUGAUUCCUGAGGGAAGAUUUUGGAGUUGGCAAGAACAAGCGGUGCCUUAUCCCACCAGUUAUCAUCCAUCAAACUCGGUCGUUUUGAGAUCCUGGUUGAAACGCGUGAGAAAUUCAAGAAGAAAUAUUUUAACGUUGUUCGCCGGAGGAGGAGGCGUCGGUGCGAAUCCAAAUAUUAGGAGAAGUAUAAGAAAUGAAUGUGAAGAUAAUAGUACUGAGAUUUCUGGAAGGCAUUUUAGCAAAGUUUGUGAGAUUGUUGAUUGUUCAAAUGGGAUAUGCGAACACGAUCCGAUUAGGUAUAUUAAGCCAAUGUUACAAGCCAAUUUCUGUUUGCAGCCUCCGGGAGAUACACCUACAAGGCGAUCAACAUUUGAUGGGUUUCUUGCUGGCUGCAUACCCGUUUUCUUUGAAGAACAGUCUGCCAAAUCACAGUAUGCCUGGCAUUUGCCUCAACAUAUGUAUAAAGAAUUUUCAGUUUUUAUUCCAAAGGAAGAUGUUGUGUUUAAAGGGUUGAAGAUUGUUGAUGUGUUGAUGAGUAUACCAAAAGACAAGGUUAGGAGAAUGAGGGAGAAAGUUAUUGAAUUGAUGCCGAGAGUUAUUUAUAGAAGGCAUGAUAGUACUCUUCCUUUGAAGAACAUCGAGGAUGCUUUUGAUAUUGCAAUUGAGGGUACUUUACAGAGGGUUAAAUCUAGGCUCAAAUCAAUGUAGAGAUUUUUCAUUAGUCUUCUACUUUGUACUUUAUAUAUAUUGUUUCCCGCAAACAGGUCUGAGAAAACAGUCAUUGUAUUGUAUCUUUUAAGUUAUGACAAUUAAUAAAUUAUUAUUCAAUUUUGUGAAA